CGUUGGACGCAAAUCUUCCGCAAUCGCUCCGAUGAACAUGGGACUCACGGAGGCUGAAGUCAAGAAGAUGACGGUCAAGCAGCUGCAAGACGCGUUGGCAAAGUAUGCCCUGGACAAGAAGGGGGUGAAGGCGGACUUGCAAGCGCGACUCAUCGAGCAUUUGCAGACUUCGGCAAGCAACGAUGUGGAUGCUGGUUCGGAAAGUGGUGCAAACGAGAGUAGUGGCCCCAAGGAGUCCCAUAGCUCCGUCGAAGGUGCGUCGAAUGAUGACAGUUCUGCGUCUGAAGCAAGUCUCAAGCAACUGGCGCAAUCGCCUCGCAAGAGCGACACCCCAGCACCCACGACAUCUACAGAUACCGUAUCCGCAGACUCGAGCGCUCCUGACGGACAGUCCAAAUCGCCGGACGGCGGCAAGCGAUCGCAGGACUCCCCCAGUGCCGUCGGUCCUACGAAGAAGCAGAAAACCACCCCACUCGACGCGAUUCCAGACUCGAUGAUCGCACCCACCCCCACGAUUCGCAUCGACAAUUUCAUUCGGCCUUUUACACUGAACGCCGUCAAGGCCUUUGUGCAAGAGGAGGCGGCAUUUGUUGAGAACGGGUUUUGGAUGGACGCGAUCAAGACCCAUUGCUACGUCACGUACGCCACAACGGAUGCGGCCAUUGCAGCGAGAGGUCGCAUCUACGGCACAACAUGGCCCGAGCUCAGUGGCCGCCGGCUCACGGUCGAAUUCUCGGCUGAGACCGCAAUGGACAUUGCGGUGAAGCAAACCACCGCGGCCACGUCAGCAACUCGCCGUGGCAGCAACAGGCCGUCCCAUGAGUUGCCCAAGCAGCAAUCCAACAAGGCCACCACCGACGAGGCAUUGACCAAGCCGCCCGUGGCCGCACAAGAUCUCUUUUGCAAAACCAAAGCGGAACCGGCGCUGUUUUACCUCCCUGUCGAUGACGACCUAGUCGCUCGACGCCGCGCGAAUCUCGAAAAGAAGAAGCUUGGGCUCCUUCCACUCCGCCGCCGCUCCGGCCGCCAUCGCCGAGGCGGUCGAAACAACCGCCGUGGCAAUACACGCGGCAGCAAUCGUGCGGCGGCUGCUCAAGCCUAACUGAUCUAACAGGGCUGGCUGCAUGUCGGCAAGAUUGUUUGAAAAACACGGUGUGUAUCUC